GGGGCCUGCUGGUCAGAAUGGUGUGGCGGCUGAGGGGCUGGCUCGUCUGGCCUUGACAAUGAUUUCCCAACCCCGGCCGCCCCCUCUCCCCCCACACCCCAGGAACAGCAAUGUCCGUGCAGGUGGCAGUCGCCGGGAGCAUGGGGCUGGGCCCAGAGCGCCUGAGCCCUGAGGAGCUGGUGCGGCAGACGCGACAAGUGGUCCAGGGGCUGGAGGCCCUACGCUCCGAGCACCACGGGCUGGCGGGGCGCCUGGCGGAGGCCCUGGCAGGACAGGGCCCGGUGGCUGGCUUGGAACUUCUGGAAGAAAAGCAGCAGGUGGUGACACACUCGCUGGAGGCCAUCGAGCUGGGGCUGGGCGAGGCCCAGAUGCUGCUGGCCCUGUCGGCGCACGUGGGUGCGCUGGAGGCCGAGAAGCAGCGGCUCCGCGCGCAGGCCCGGCGGCUGGCCCAGGAGAACGCGUGGCUGCGGGAGGAGCUGGAGGAGACGCAGCGGAGGCUGCGGGCCAGCGAGGAGGCCGUGGCCCAGCUGGAGGAGGAGAAGGGGCACCUCGAGUUCCUGGGGCAGCUGCGGCAGUAUGACUUGCCUGCAGAGAGCCAGCGGCCCGAGUCCCCACCUCGCCGAGACAGCCUGGCCUCGCUGUUCCCCAGCGAGGAGGAGGAGAGGAACGGUCCGGAGGCAGCAGGGGCCGCAGCGGCUCAGCAGGGCGGCUACGAGAUCCCGGCCCGUCUGCGGACGCUGCACAACCUCGUGAUCCAGUAUGCGGGGCAGGGCCGCUACGAGGUGGCUGUGCCACUGUGCCGCCAGGCCUUAGAGGACCUGGAGCGGAGCUCCGGCCACUGCCACCCUGACGUGGCCACCAUGCUCAACAUCCUGGCGCUGGUGUACCGGGACCAGAACAAGUACAAAGAAGCCACAGACUUGCUGCACGAUGCCCUGCAGAUCAGGGAGCAGACGCUGGGCCCCGAGCACCCCGCGGUGGCUGCCACCCUCAACAACCUGGCUGUCCUCUACGGGAAGCGUGGGCGGUACCGGGAGGCAGAGCCGCUGUGCCAGCGUGCCCUUGAGAUCCGCGAGAAGGUCUUGGGUGCCGACCACCCAGAUGUGGCCAAGCAGCUCAACAACCUGGCCCUGCUCUGCCAGAACCAGGGCAAGUUCGAGGAGGUGGAGCAGCACUAUGCUCGAGCCCUGAGCAUCUACGAGGCCCUGGGCGGGCCCCACGACCCAAACGUGGCCAAGACCAAGAACAACCUGGCCUCAGCCUACCUGAAACAGAACAAGUACCAGCAAGCAGAAGAGCUCUACAAGGAAAUCCUCAGCAGGGAGGGCCUGCCUGCCCCUCUCGGGGCCCCCGACGCAGGCACUGCCGGUGACACAGGACAACAGACCCUUCGUCGGAGCAGCUCGUUCUCCAAGUUCCGAGAGUCUAUCCGGCGCGGAAGCGAGAAGCUGGUCUCCCGUCUCCGAGGCGACGGAGCGGCCGGGGCAGCCGGGAUGAAGAGAGCCGUGUCACUCAACAUGCUGCACGCGGAGGGUGCGAGGGCCACUGGGACCCCGGUGAGGGGCAGACGGGUGCCAGGGUCAAGGAGGGGGUAGGAGGGGCCCGGAGGGGCGGGUGGGGACAGUCAGGCUGGCACUGGGAGCUGGGCUGGA